ACGAACUUAUACUUGCUUUUAGGAACAUCAUUCUGAAUGGUCAUUCAGAUGCAACUGAGAUGAGCAGGCAUAUGCAUUUAAAAAUUGCACUAGUAUUCAUUUACAUACUUGUGCACUUGCACUGGAGCUGCACUGUAGAUAUAUGUCAAGAAGAUGACGACUGCAAAAAGCAAGACGUGUAUGACAAAACCGUGACAGCAAUUCCUGAAAAACUAAAAGAUGGAGCCGAAGAAAUAUUUUUUGUAAACAGUCAGAUUCCUGUGAUACCAAAAGGAGUUCUUUCUAAAAACCCUCAAAUAAAGAAAAUUGAAUUUCUUGGUACUUCAACUCACUCUGUAGAAGUUGGAGCCUUUGAGGGUUUGCCUAAUAUCACAAUUAUUGAGAUAUCUGGCACAAAUGUGACAUCAUUACCUGUGGGUGUUUUUAAGGAUCUCAACAACCUUCUAAAACUUGUUUUAAAAAGUAACAAAAUACAUAGCCUUGAAAAUGGGUUAUUUGACUAUUUAAAAAAGCUUCAGGUAUUACAUCUACAUAUGAAUAAGAUCAGUACCAUUGAGGAGGGGACAUUUGACAAUUUAGAGGAACUCUUGAGUCUUCAUCUUGCAAAAAACAACCUUAGUUCCGUAUCGACAUCUCUUUUUUCCAAUCUUAAGAGCUUGAAAAUGUUCAGGCUUUAUGAGAACCAGUUGACUGCUCUACCUGAUGGGAUUUUUGAUAAUCUCCCUGAUUUGGAAGAGAUAGCCUUGCAAUGCAACCAAAUCUCCUAUAUACAACCAAAUUUAUUUCCACACAAAAGUAAAUUAACAAAACUCUAUUUGGACAAUAAUCUUUUAACAGAACUGCAGCCAGAUUUAUUUGUCGGUUUCUCUUUAUUAAAGAGUCUAACUCUAAACAAAAAUCAACUCACCAGUCUUCCCAGCGUCCUUUUUGGAGAAACGCUCAAAAUAACUGAAUUAAGUCUAAGCCAUAACAAUCUCACUCACUUACCAACUGGAGUUUUCAGUCCACUUAAGAAGCUAAAGAAGUUAGACCUUUCCUCAAACCAGUUUUCAAUUAUAUCUGCAAACUUUUUUGAAGGUCUUGAGAAACUGACUGAUCUGAAUUUACAAAAUAACAGUAUAGAGUCAUUAAAACAAGAGGACUUUAAAAAACUAAAGUCUCUUUCAACGCUCAAACUGGGAAAUAAUAAACUACAAAGCCUCCCUGGCGAUGUUUUUGAUUCUCUUCCAAAACUCAGUAAACUGUACCUGAAUGAGAACCCAUGGAAGUGUGACUGUAACCUGUUGCCAUUCUAUGAAUGGAUGAAGAACAAUAAGGGCAAGAUUAAAUCAAAACCUCCAGAAGUUUGUGAGUUACCAAAAAAUCUGCUAAAUCAGUUAAUCAUCUCUUUAACAGAAGAACAAUUAAUAUGCCUCACAACUUCACCAACUACCACCCCUCUCCUUACAAGUACCGUUCCCAUGACCACACUGCACACUACAACUGCCUCAACAACAAAGUUAACCUCAACGACAGCAGCACCUACAACAACUACUGCUUUACAGACGACAACCACACCUACUCCAACAACAAUACCAACAACAACUCAAACAACUACAACACAGACAACCCCCACAGCACCAACUACUCAACUCACAACUUUGCUACUAACCACAACCACACUACCUACCACCACUGCUACAACUACAGCUCCGACAACUACAUCAGUCCGAACAACAGCAUCAACAACUACACUACAGCCAACAACUGCCCAUCUGACAACUGCAUUGAUUCCCACCACAACGACAGUACAAACAACAACUUCAGCGACCACCACUUCUACAACCACAGUACCAUCAACAAUGGCCCAUGUGACAACUACAGUGACUCCCACCACAUCAACUUCGACAAUCCAAACUACAAUUGCAACAACUUUAGCCACUACAACUAUAUUAAUCCCAACCACUAUUACAAGUCAAAAAACAACAGCAACUACCUUACCAUCCAGCACAACUACAAGGAAAACAACACCUUUUCUUACCACACAUAUUAGUUUCAUCUGUACCAGCUCUCCUCAGGCCCCUCUCUCAACACCUACUACCACCAACAAGUACUCAUCAUGCAAGGAAUUGAUGAUAUAUUAUACUACAAUGCUGCUGGUGGAAAUCUGCUGUACUAUGGUGCUGGCCAAAUUCACUUAUUCACUAUACUGCUCUCUGGAGCAAAGGGAGAGACUGCACACCCAGGUCAACUUGACUCACUUCUCCUAUAUUAAGUCUAUUGUACUCAGACCAGUUGAUGAGACAGAGACUGUAGCUCUUUGAUCUUUUUUUUUUUUUUUUAAGUUUGAGUAGCACCUGGUGGUGGUCACUUAUUAGAGUCUUAGAGCACUCUUACUGUUCCUCAGAGGAAUUCUAUUACAAACUGUCUAUAAUUGAUGCUUAAUGCUUUCAUUUUAUAACAAUGUACAAUAGUGUCCACAAGUCUGAAUCCUUUACCUCUGUUUUACUAUUAAAAUAUUACUUUUUAUAUUCUAUAAUUCUAUUAUAUAAUGCAUUGUAUACAUUAUGUAAUAAUAUGUCAUCAGCAGAACAAUUUAAGUGAAGAGUUUAAUUAAAAACAUGUACAUUUAAAAAUGUUUAGUAUUUAGUAAGUUGCCCUUUGACAGCAGCACUUUAACUGCAUAAGUUGGUGUAAAACAUGAUGAUCCAAAGAGUAUCUUGUGUGCCUCAGUGAAAGCAAGAACAUCUGACCUUUCAAACAAAGUAGUUUAUACGGUCAAUGUUAAAAAUAUGCCUAAUUAUUUUUAGGUUGUAUAUAUCCUUAUAUAACCUAUAUCUUUUGGCAGAAGGACAACCCACAAUGCUUUAUAUGAGGAUCAAAUAGCACAAUAUGUGUAAGGGAUCAUCUAUUGCUAAGGGUGCAUUAUAUUUUAAUGUGUGAUGUGGAGGCAAAGAACCACCUGACUUGCAGAGGUAAAAACAGAAGUUUAAACGUGCGUGUAAUACACAAGAACCAAUGAGGAUUGUUGUAGUGAGCUUCCGCAUUAACUGUAUGUGAAGUGUUCUAUGCAUGUGUCUUUAUAGAUGAAUACAGCUUAAAUUAAAUCUAUUUAUCAUAUGAAGUGUAUCUAUGCACAAGACUUGGAUUAAACCUUUUUGCAUCUUCUAAGUUUUGGUUCCCUGGACUUUCAGUGGAAGGAAAGAAACGUCUCAGGUUUCAUUAAAUAUAUGUUAAUGUGUGUUUUGAAGAUUAACCGAAGUCUUAUGAGGGUGAAUACAUGAUGACAGAGUUUUUAUUUUUGGGUGAACUAUCACUUUAAGUGUGUCCAAACUUUAAACUGGCAGUGUACAUAUUUUACAACACAGCACAGAGAUACUUUUCAAGCUUCAUGUUUGUAUUUUUUAUCUAAUAAGUCAAAAUCAUUGUAAAUCCAUCUAGCAGUUAAUAUGUGAUGUAAUGUGUUUACUGUUCUUUGGAAGGGGAAAUCUAAAAAGGGUUUCUUUUGAGUUAGGUCACAACUCUUGAGAAGGUUGGGGCAUCUGUUGGCUACUAUUAAGCAAUUAUUUGCAAUUCAUUUAUCAAAUGUCAGCAGUCUUGAUUAAUUAUCCUUAGAAGAAAAACGUUGUAGGUGUAAGACUUUGGUCACAUUGUAUUAGAGAGCAAAAGAAUGUCAUUGAGACCAGAUGCUUUUGUGGGGGUCAUAAAAACAAGAGGCUAAAUCAGAAGAGGUGCAGAGAGUUAUUGGUCAUGGGCCUCAUUUGCAUCGAAUUCAAAUAUUUGUCUAGCUGCAUAUUUAUUAAGUGUAUACUACAUUUGUAAUAUUUAUUAUGCUUUAAUUGCACUUGUUUAAGCAUGUAAAUGGAUCUGAAAAAAUCCACAAAUUAGCAUGGGAAUAUUUUCUGGGUCGAUUUUUCAGGCACUCGGUCUCAUUUUUAGUCUGGAAGCAAAAAGUUGUUCUUAAAAACAGAUAUGAAUGUCUUUCCCAAUGUCACGCACUAGGUGUCAGUGUAGCCUCGUUUAUUUUGUUUUGUCCAAUAAUUUGCGGCACCUCCUGCCCAAACAGUGAUUCAUAAAAUCACAUUCUAUCCUGUUUAUGUAUCGAAAUUAAGGGGGAAAACACAAC